AUGGAAAAUUCAUUAUUAAUGCAGGGGUUGAGAGCUGCAUUUAUAUUUUGCUUGUACUUCUUAACUCUUGCUUGUUACCUAGCACCUGUGUUGAUAACUAAAUAUUGGGGAUCAAAGACACAGCUUAUUUCCUCUCCCAGUAGAGCCAUGAAGAAUAAACAGUUUUUCUAUAGGUUGAUAAGUUGGUGCAAUUGCACAGCUACUGGAAUAUUUUUAGCCAUGUGUUUUUUAGGUUUACUCCCCAAUGUUCAAGAAUUGUUUCAUUCAAUUCUUAAAAAUGCAGGAUAUGAUACAAAAUUUCCAUUGACAGAAUGCAUAAUUGUAUUAGGGUUCAUUCUUACUCUUCUGUUAGAACAGUCUAUUUUAAACUGGCAGGAGCAAAAAGAAUCUUGUUUGCAGGAGGAUAUGGAACAAAACCAAGGUCUUCUAGAGGAAUGCGAAAUGCAAGAUUUAUCUGACGACACAUCUGGAUUGCGUGAUGAUCAUGAACAAAGACUAGUUGAGGAAUUACAGCAUAAAUCUUUUCACGAGUCGGGUGAAAAUGACUCGAAUGUUGAUGUUAUAUCUAUGUCCAAUAAUAUUGAUCAUGAUCAUGGCCACAAUCAUUUUAAAAUAUUGUUGCACAGAGAGAAAGGAUUUCCAUUUUUCAUUCUUGCUUUGGCUACAGGAUUACAUUCUAUUUUUGAGGGUGUUACUUUAGGUCUGCAGACUAAUGUGACUAAAGCAGUUCACUUGUUUGUCGCAAUAAUCAUUCAUGAAUGUCUGGUUGCAGCUGCACUGGGAAUCAAUUCAACUCGAUUGAAAUAUUCUUUUCUGUCCUAUUUUAAAUUUGCCAUCGUGUUUUCAGCAGCAAUUCCUGCUGGAGUAAUUAUCGGAAUUCUCAUUGGACAUGCUCCUGGUACUGCUGGUGAAGUUGCUUCUGCAGUUUUGCAAGGACUAUCCGCUGGGAUAUUUCUUCAUGUCACUUUUCAAGAUUUUCUUCCAUCUGAAUUCUCUAAUAGACAGGACAGAAUAUUAAAAGUAUCUUUUUUAAUUAUAGGUUUUACGAUUAUAGCCUCAGUAACUUACUUCAUUCAUUAG